UAUUGUCGUUCCUGCCAUUCUCGUCGUCGGUGCUCUUCUGAAUAUGCUGUGUGAUUGAUGUUUGCUCCUGAGGGAAAGGUAUAAAGUAUCCUCCAAUUUCCACGGUUGGGCUCUCUUCUUUCUUACAACUUCACUCUCACAACACACAUUCACACUCAGUCCUUUUACAACCUUCUUCUUCCACAUCAGUUUCUAAACUUCAAUCAACAACCAACACAACUCCAUUUCAAUCACUUUAAAGUCAUCUAUCCUACCUUCAAAAUGGUUCAACCAAUCAAGCUCUACACUGUCGCCGCCGGUCCAAACCCAUGGAAGGUCGCCAUCUUCCUUGAGGAGCUUGGUAUUCCUUACACCAACGAGCUCCGAACCUUCGCCGAGCUCAAGGGGGAGCCAUACCUCGAUAUCAACCCCAACGGCCGCGUUCCAGCCAUCCAGGACCCAAACACUGGCAUCACUGUCUCUGAGUCCGGCGCCAUCCUCCAAUACCUCGCCGAGACCUACGACACCACCAACAAGUUCCACCACGCCAGCGGCCAAGAGAAGUACUCCGAGUACCAGUGGCUUCACUUCCAGACCUCCGGCCAAGGCCCCUACUUCGGCCAGAAAGCCUGGUUCUCCAACUACCACUCCGAGAAGCUCCCCUCGGCCGAGGCCCGCUACGAGGGCGAGAUCCGCCGUGUCCUCGGCGUCGUCGAGCUCCACCUCAGCAAGACCAAGACCGACUACCUCGUUGGCAACAGCUACUCCUACGCCGAUCUGGCCUGGACUACUUGGAAUCAGCUGAUUGGCUGGUUGGCGGCUGACAUUGAUGUCAAGAAGGACUUCCCGCUCUUUGCGGCUUGGAAUGAGAGAAUCCAGAAUCGUCCUUCUGUCAUCAAGGUUGCGGCGGACAAGGCUGCGCUUCAGUAGAUUGAGACCGUCGAGACUUGACUUCCACUUUCUGAUGUGAAUGUGAAGCGGUUAGACUGGGAUUCGGGAUGUGGAUGCGAUGAGAAACGCAAUGACUUUAUGGCUUUGAGAAAAUGAAGAUCAUUUCAU